GCCGCCGCGGGGCCCCGCCGGCCGAGAGGCGGCCCCUGGGCGGAGCGAGGCUGCGGUGCGCAGCCGGGCAGGGCGGGGGGGCUGCCCGCUCGCGGUGUGGCACGGGCCGGGGCGGCCGCCGGGGCUCGACGCACGGACGGAGGAGCUGAAAUGGUACAGAAAACUGUUAGAAGUGGUGACUGCAAAAUGAGCUCCUUCUACUUGAUGCUGAAAGGAGGUAAACUAAAACUUCAAGAAUUAUGAUCAGAUCUUUGACAAGUUACAGGAAAACCACAUACAAGGCAACUAAAUAAAGGCUAUGCAUAAGAUGACAUCUACAUUUUUGCUUAUUGGUCAUCUAAUUCUACUCAUACCUUUGUUCAGUGCUGAAGAAUGCAUUAUUUGUAAUUACUUUGUUCUUGUUGGAGAACCUACAGCUAUCAGUUGCCCAAUAAAUACAUUGCCAAUGCCUCACUCUGAUUACAACCUGACUUGGUAUAAAAAUGGUAGUAAUACACCGAUAACCACAGAGAGACAUGCCAGGAUCCAUCAGAGAAAGGGCUUGCUUUGGUUUAUUCCUGCAACACUUGAAGAUUCUGGAUUUUAUGAAUGCGAAGGAAGGAGUCUUAACCGCUCUAAACAAAAAAUUAUAAAUUUAAAAGUUUUCAAGAACGAUAAUGGUUUGUGUUUUAAUGGAGAAAUGAAGUAUCCGCAAAUAGUGAAGAGUGCAAAUACUGGAAAGAUUAUCUGCCCUGAUCUAGAAAAUUUUAAAGAUGAAGACAAUAUUAAUCCUGAAAUACACUGGCAUAAGGAGUGUAAGUCUGGAUUUCUUGAAGACAAGCGACUUGUUUUGGCAGAAGGUGAAAAUGCCAUCUUGAUUCUCAAUGUCACUGUACAAGACAAAGGAAACUACACAUGCCGUAUGGUAUAUACAUAUAUGGGAAAACAAUAUAAUGUUACACGCACCGUGAGUCUGGAGGUGAAAGAAAGUCCACUAAAGAUGAGACCGGAGUUUAUAUAUCCGAAGAACAAUACGAUUGAAGUGGAACUUGGCUCUCAUGUAGUCAUGGAAUGUAAUGUAUCAAGUGGUGUGUAUGGCUUGAUUCCAUACUGGCAAGUUAAUGAUGAAGAUGUCGAUAGCUUUGACAGCACCUACAGGGAACAGUUUUAUGAAGAGGGAAUGCCUCAUGGAAUUGCUGUGUCUGGAACAAAAUUUAACAUUUCAGAAGUGAAAUUAAAGGAUUAUACUUAUAAAUUUUUCUGUCACGUCAUAUAUGAUUCUCAAGAAUUUACAUCAUACAUCAAAUUGGAACACCCUGUUCAGAACAUUCGGGGUUACUUGAUUGGAGGAGGAGUUUCUUUGAUAUUUUUAUUAUUUCUUAUACUCAUUAUCUACAAGAUCUUUAAAAUUGAUAUUGUGCUUUGGUAUCGGAGCUCCUGCCAUCCUUUCCUGGGUAAAAAAGUUUCAGAUGGGAAGAUCUAUGAUGCUUAUGUUCUGUAUCCAAAGAACAGAGAGAGCUGCUUGUACUCAUCAGAUAUUUUUGCUCUGAAGAUACUGCCAGAGGUCUUAGAAAGACAAUGUGGAUAUAAGCUCUUUAUAUUUGGGAGGAAUGAUUUAGCAGGAGAAGCUGUGAUCAGUGUUACUGAUGAAAAAAUCCAUCAAAGUAGAAGAGUAAUAAUUAUUUUAGUACCAGAUCCAUCAUGUUAUGGUAUUCUAGAAGAUGCAUCUGAAAAACAUCUUGCCAUGUAUAAUGCUCUUAUCCAGGAUGGUAUAAAAAUAAUUCUAAUUGAACUUGAAAAAAUAGAAGAUUAUGCAAACAUGCCAGAAUCCAUCAAAUAUGUUAAGCAAAAGUAUGGGGCUAUCCGGUGGAAGGGGGACUUCUCGGAAAAGUCUCACUCAGCAAGUACGAGAUUCUGGAAAAAAGUACGUUACCACAUGCCAUCCAGAAAACAUGGAUCUUCGUCAGGAUUUCAUUUGUCACCAUAAGACUUGAAUUCUCCCCAAGUAACAACAGAAAAAUGACACUGUCUGGCAAAGUUUAUGUAAUUGGUGAUGGAUUGAUUGAAGGUCAUAUGUAUCUGUUUUGUACCAACAAUCUCAUCGAAAUUUUCUGGACUGAAGGUACUACAACUUUAUCUACAGACGUGAAUCGUACUUUCUUCUGACCAGAUCAGCAGAAUGUCUUGAAAUGUCAUCAACAGCACAGUGGUGGCAUGGAAACCAUUAGGAAGUACAUAAGGACUCUUCCAAGAAUUGCACUGUGAUUUUCUAAAACAUUUUUUAUUGUAAAAAUGGAAGGAUAAAAAGAAUUAGAAAAAUACUUUUGAGCAAUUAAAGGAUGAGUAUGAAGGAAGCUGUAUAAAUUAUAAUUGUGAAGUUAUAUAAUGGGCUUGGUUGAUGCCGGUAAGCAAUUGUUGUUUUUGUUGUUGUUUUAUGAAAUGACUUGAAUCUUAUUUGUUACAAGUUUAUUUGCUGCUUUGUUCAUUUUGCUCAAAGGUAAUUUCAUCAUUGUUAGUGCAUCAGUGUUGUAUCAUCCAAGAGAAGAGGUAAGACACAAUCCCAGCCUUCCCAGAAUGCUAUUCAACUUGACAAAGUGUAAAUUCUUUUUCCUGAUCUAACUUACGUUUAAAGAAAUGUGUGGUUCUCAGUCCCUUAUGGCAUUCAGACAUCAUUAAAAGUAUCACUGUAUUGCUCUUCCUAGUCGUAAAAUGUUUAAUGUCUGGAGGAUUUUUUCUUGUUAAGUGCCUUGAUGUAUUUGUCCUUAUUACCAUGUGGAGCAGUGAGCUCAUGACAGAUUCUCUCGUGCAGAGUAGAGAAUGGUUGGCUUUGUCCCUGACACCUCAAGGACCAAAGGCCCUUCAGGGCACAGACUGCAAAGCUGGGUUGUUUCCAUGGGUUGCUGAUACUGGAAGUGAGCAUGUCUCCCCUCCUGUUCCCAGCCAGGGUGCUGGCUCCAGCAUUUGUCAGCUCUGAAAGCUGAAGCUGCCUGAACAGACUAAUGUGGCAGAGAUUCUUUUCUGUUCUCCCAUAUCAGUGAGUUUAUCGUUCCUGGAAGGGUCAGUGUGCAGUGGGAGAGGAAAAAGGAUAGAGUGGUCAUGCUUGAUAGCUCCAGGUGCAUUUAGAAAAUAGAGCUGAAAUAGCCCUGUUACCCAAUGGGAGAGAGAUAGCUGGAGUCCAGUGGAUUUACACUGGAGUCACAGCUUUCAGACAGUUGUUUGGGAAAGGAAGUUGUUAAAACUUACUGUGGAUGCUGAAUGCUUUUUCUUUCCCUUUCUUAUUUUUUUUAGCAACCUUACAUGCAACAAGGUUUUGUUAAUUCUGAAGCUAAGACUCGUGGGUAGACAGUGAUGUAGUUUGUAAUGAUCAAUUCUCUUGAAGGGGAUUGAUUGUUUUUAAAGAAAUUAUCAAAUCUCUUUAAUGUCAUGUCUGUAGAUAGGAGUUUUACAGGAAUAAGAAAUGUGAGAGUGAAACUACCUGUGCUUUUCAUUUUCUUCUCAAAAGUUUCCAUUUCUAAGUUAGAGAUUUAGCUUUGUAUGGAAGCUUCAGUGUUUAUCUCUUACAAGUGGACUGUGUAGUCUGAGUAUAAGGCAUGGUUGAUUCUUGUGAACAAAGGUAGAAGAUUUCAGAGUUUGAUGAAUUGUAUGCUAUCUGGAAACUAACCUGUGGUUCAAGUUAUCAUACAUAGGCAUUGCUUUGCUUUUGCUGCUAGUGAUAUUUGAUUGAUGGUUCCUUUUUAAAAACAAAAAAAUAUUUUGGGAAGAUAAGUAUUGACCUAUUUUUGUGAUUUUUAAAAUGUACGUGUAAUGACCAAUUGCCUGUGUUUCCAAGGAAAAUAUAUGACAUCUCUGCUAAUGGUGUGUGGGUAGGGAAAAGGCACAAGGCUAGUUAAUAAACUUAAGGUGAAGUUCUGGCUUACAUAACAAUUGCAAAAUAGGUAUGUAGUUAUACAUAAAGCAGAGAUUGAGAGAGAAUUGAGAGAAUGAAGGGAGCAGAAAAAAAAAAGCUCUGCAAUUGUAUACACUAACUCCUUUGUGAUUGUUUGCUCAAGUGUUAAUAAUUGCCCUAGUACAGAAUUUCAAGAGAAUGCAUCUGACAGAUUGAUAAUUAAUUUGCAACAUGAGUUUCAGAUCUGCCUUUAAUUGCUGCUUUUGAUUCUGAAUUUCUGUUUGUGUUUCUGUCCUAUUGGCUUCCAUUUUGCAGCACCUUUUGCUCUCCAACUCAAAUUUCAGUAAAUCUUAUUGCAUACUGCAGAACAACUAGUUUACAGCUGUGUAAAAUUCCUUUGCUUUCCAAGCCGUCCUCAAAGGCCACUGCUAAUAUGGUGUUAGGCAGAAUUUUUGCCUUUGAAUUGGUCCUUUGAUAUCUCUGAUACCACUUUUUCAUUUGAAAAACUGAUGUUCUGCAUCCUUCAGAAUUCUUCUGGUCUUUGAAAACUGCUUCCUUCAUUUUGACGCUGCAGUGGUUUUUUUUGUUUGUUUGUUUUUUGGUUUUUUUUCUGUCAUGGCUCUUUUCUUCCCUCCAUCCUCAACCUGAAGAAACUGAUGGUCUGAGGUGACAUCUCUCAGAACUGCCUGGUGACCAUAGGAUGGUGUGAUCCUUGUGUUGUACCUCACAGGUGACAAAGCCAAUGGAAAUAGCUCCCUUUCCCACUUCAAAUUAUGUGAUUACCUUGGUGUAUGCUGGAAGUCUGAUACCCUGGUUCUGACAGACAGUGCCUUCUGAGCUUUGAGCUUUAUGAGCUGAGAGUGUAUCUAACCAGAAUGGAAUGAGAUUCUCUCUGUUUCAGGAUAGGAGGGGAAAAAAGCGCAUGGGAAAUGUCAGGCUAUUUCCAAUUGUUAUGGUACUGGAAUGUCUUACCAAAGAGUGUCAUGUAUGUAUAAACCAAUUCACAUGCUUAUCUUCUGUUCUCAUUCUGUGUUUUAUUCAAGACAGAAUUGUCUAGGGAGAAACGCUUCUGGUCAUGAGGUGUCACAUUCACUUAGUUGUUGCACUAAAUCUGCUUUUCAAUGUAGUGUUUGUUUGCUGACAGCCCAUUGUGGUAAAGAGCCUUGAGAUCCAUUUCAAGUUACUGAAAUUCAUCUGGGCAAGGUGAAUGUGCUUUUUGGUAUGGUUCACAUUGAUAAAAGAAUUUAGUGGGAGAGAAGCUGUAUGGUUUGGUCUUUCGUCAGAAGAUCCCACUAUCAAAUGUGAAGACUAGACACUGGAAGUAUCAUAUUUUUACUCAGAGGACCAUGGCAUAAUAUUGACUUUGCAUUUCCAACUUGGCAGUUGGUGGAAAGUUAUUUUGCUGAGCCAAAAUACUGAUUUUUUAAAAAAAAUAUUUGUUUAUUUUGAUAUAUUUGUAUGACUGAUGAAAUUUUAAUGUGUGUUAUGUAAAGACACUUUGAAGAAAGGCUAAUUCAAUAAAACACUACCUAAUUUUUUCUUA